CAUAAUUGACAUUAAUUGAUGCACAAAAUGCUGUUUACAAAUCGGAUCAGAAAUGUAACUGUCAGUUGCAGAAACAUUGUGGCGCAGAGAGAUGAGUGAAAUUCAGGAGGAAAACACAAACAAUAAUUGAGCAAAGCUGUUCGAAAAAAAUAAAUAAAUUGAAAAGCUCAAGUUUGAACCUGCCCAAAAGAACGCCUUCUGUAACGGAUCUUUUACGCACAGCCAUGACGCGCUGCUUUUUCUUCCUCUGGAAAAAAAACUGGAAUAUAGAAAAAAAUAAUCUGUGAAUCUUUUCAUUAAAACGUGAAGUUUCAUGAUUCUUGUGACGAUCAUGUGAAUAUUUAUCUCUUUUGUUCCUCGACCAAUAGUGGCUCAGCAGAGAAGCGACACACCUGUAUAAAAGCAGAUUCCAGGUCAGCUGCCAUUCAGAUGCGCGCGGAACAUGACACGGUGCUGAGCGCGGAGGAGACAGAAGCUGAGGAGCUCUCACAUGGGGCGUAUCCUCAUCUGCCUGAGGUGCCAUCCCCAAAAUGGAUGAAGUAUUCAAUCAAAGUGGAGCUCCGAACCGAAGUUUACCCGACGAUGACAAGUUUACUUUUGAGGACAUCGAUGUGAGCGCGGACGGGUCCCCCAUCCUCAGGAUCUUCAUCUCCGUUGUUUAUUCUGUUGUUUGCGCGGUGGGUUUGGUGGGGAACCUGCUCGUUUUUUACCUCAUGAGGCUGAGACAGGGUCGAAAGAGGUCCACUAUCAAUGUUUUCAUCAUCAACCUGGCAGUGACUGACUUCCAGUUCGUGCUUACGCUGCCCUUCUGGGCCGUGGACACAGCACUUGACUUUAGCUGGCCGUUUGGAGACGCGAUGUGCAAAAUUGUCCUGUCCGUCACCGUGAUGAACAUGUACGCCAGUGUCUUCUUCCUCACAGCCAUGAGCGUGACUCGCUAUAUGUGUGUGGCCUCAGCCCUAAAGAAGAAGUCCCACAGAAGGUCACGGUGCGUGAAGUGGGUGUGCGCAAUCCUGUGGGUGGCAGCGACCGCGGCCACUGCGCCCACGGCGAUCUUCUCUACUGUGACAGAGGUCGCUGGAGAAAAACUCUGCCUCCUGAAGUUUCCAGAAGGACACGACUGGUUAGCACUUUACCACAUCCAAAAAAUCCUGAUAGCCUUUAUAAUCCCAAUGCUCAUCGUCUCUGUGAACUAUCUGAUGCUCUUGCGCUUCGUUAGACGGAAGAGCAUGGACACCAGCAACCCCAAACGGAGAUCCAGAGUCACCAAAUCUGUCGCCAUCGUGGUCCUGUCUUUCUUCUGCUGCUGGAUGCCAAAUCAUGCCAUCACCUUCUGGGGCGUCUUGGUCAAAUUUAACGCAGCCAACUGGGACACCUCAUACUACACGGUGCACACAUAUGUGUUCCCGCUCACCGUGUGCCUGGCGCACACAAACAGCUGCCUGAACCCGGUGCUGUACUGCCUGAUGAGACCUGAGAUCAGAAAGAUGCUGGGCAGGUUGUUUUGGAGAGACUCCACUCCUCUUCAGAGCAAAGGCUGUGCCACGCGUUCCGUUACGCAGGGGGAGAUCCAGGGUGUUGUGCCUCUGCAGAUUAUGGACAACACAGAGUACAGCCUGUCCAUCAUAGACCGCAAAGGGUCCCAAACGACCCCGCGCAACCGCUGAAUUUACAAAAGGAUGUACUUUUGGUUUUUUCCUCCGAUUGUUGUGUAUAUUAACGCUGAUCUAAUUAAAACCACGCUUGGUAAAUGAGAAACAAUCAAUAGAUAACAAAUUUGCAUUUAUUAAGUCACACAAACCUAUGGCUUAGUUCACACACUGUGCAGAUUGUAGAUAUUCUUGACUUUAGAGCAUUUUGGAAUUAUGUUGGAGAUGCAGGCGCACAAGCAAGUGCGCCAAAACGCACAGUGUCAUACUUUUUUUUCCUUUUGCAAUUUAUAUUAUAUGAUAGCCUGCUUGUGUUGUACUGAUUUGCAUUUUGCGUUUCAAGAGCAUUGAUGUUCCCCUUUAAAUAUGGAACAUUUGGUGUGCUUCUGCCAUGAAAAAAUACAAAACCUGCACAUCUUUAUUUAAAUGUGACACUGAGGAUUUUUCUUCCUCUCAUAAAAAAACAAACAUAUGAAGCAGUUUAGGAUCCAGAGAGAGCAAAACCUGCAGGCAUGUUGCGGCUUGGGAUCAGACUGAAAACGCAUAAACUCAUUUUCAUUGUUGUAGCACAACAUCUGUGCUCUGCAAGUCAGGGGAGAGUUAAUGGUGUAAUGGCUGUCAUGGUUUCUCCUUGGAUAAUCCAGGAAGCCCCACACCAGACGGCUCAGAGCUCAGCUCUCCCUGGCUGCGGCUGCUUUGGACUCCAGUCAGACUCAUCUCUUUCUGUGUCUCUCCUGUUCCGCCCCACAGCCUCCUUCGGCAUUUGUGCCAUUUUGUUUUCCGUGUUCAGUCUUUGAAGAGCUCUACAACACACCUUUCUCUAAAGCAAACAACAGAGUCACUCUGUCAAAUCCAACUGAAGCAUCCUGCUGCUGUUUGGAAAACACAAAGCAAAUGAAGUUUUUUUUAAGCGUGAGGAACAAACUGUAAUCUCAGCAUCAGUCUCUCCAGUCUGUUACUGGCUUGUUCAGAUGCACAGAUGUGUGACGUUUAUGGAUUUGACCCAUAAUCCACAGUUGUUUCCAUGUUAAAUCGCGCCGAUUUAAAUAAAUGUAACAAUACCAUGUUGUUGCAUCAUCAAGGACUUUGUAAUUGUCAUGUUUAAUCCUUUGCCGUGAUGCUGUGGGCAGAUUUAUGAGCACCAACUCAAUCAGGAUUAUCUUCACUUUUACCCACAUGGUGCAAUGAGACAAUUUGUAAAACAGAGACAUGUGUAAAAUUUGUCAGAACAUUUUUACAAGAUGGUUUACAGUGGAAUUUAUCCUAGUAGUCGCACAAAAUGAAUCCUUUUUACACUGCAAUUGACACAUUUCCUUGAAUGAUGACAAUUUUUUUUAAAACAAUUUCAAUCUUUAGAAAUAUUGUAUAUCUUUUAAUGGAGUUUUUUUUUUGACUUAAUAUCUAAAAAAAUAGUGAAAUGGUUUUGACAUGCUUUCAUGAUGUUACACUGUUCUUUCUUAAUCUUGACUGCAUUAACAUCUUUGAAGCUUGUCUAAGGUGGUUUUAUCCCACAUCUCCUUUUUGUGUGGACUGCUAAAACAUACAGAGCCCUGGAGUUGACUUUCAAGAAAAAAUAAUUGGUUUCUGAAACCACUAUUUUGUGGGCAAGAAUUUGUUAUUUGAGGCCACAAUUUAGUAAUUUGUGGCCACAAAUUGGCAUUUAAUUAGCAUAUUGUGUGCACAACGUAGUAUUUUGUGCACACACAUUAUUAGCAUUGUCUUUCUGAACAAAUUAUUUUGUGUGAAUUUUAUGGUCACAGUUAAGUAUUUUGUGACCACAAAGUGGCAUUGUUUUAAACAUUUUGUGUACACAAAUUAGCAUUAUGUGGGCACAAACUAGCUUUUUGUGGGCAGAAAUUUGCAUCUGGGUAAAACAAAUUAUUACUUCUGUGCACAAAUUGUCAUUUUGUGAGCACAAAUUAAUAAUAGAUAUUGAAGGUGUUACAGUACUAAUUUAAGUGCACAAAAUGCUAAUUUGUGCCAACCAAAGGCUCACAAAUUUUAAUUGGAGAGAACAAUGUAUUAUUAUUUUUGAAUUCAUGUCCAGGGCUCCAAAAAAUAUCUUUUCUAAAAUCAAUAUAAAUGUUUUCAAGUUUUCUAAUUUGACGUCUAUUUUGGGGAUUCAAACAAGCACACAAAAGCGUAGAACUUUAAUAAGAAAGACAAAGAAAAUCCGUAAUGAGAAGGUGACCCUUAUCACCAAUAUCACCAGAUGAAACACAUUGGGACCAUCCGAAUGAAUAAUAAACCUAAUAAAUAAA